AUGCAUGGAGCUAAGAAGAGCCGGGAGGAGUCCAGCGGCGAAGGCAGCGGCGUGGAGAUCCUGGCCAACCGGCCCUACACCGACGGCCCGGGGGGCAGYGGGCAGUACACGCACAAGAUCUAUCACGUGGGCUCCCACAUCCCCAGCUGGUUCCGGGCUCUGCUGCCCAAGGCCGCGCUGCAGGUGGAGGAGGAGUCCUGGAACGCCUACCCCUACACACGUACCAGAUACACCUGCCCCUUUGUGGAGAAGUUCUCCAUUGAGAUUGAGACUUACUACCGGCCCGACUGUGGGCAGCAGGCGAACGUCUUCAACCUGAGCGCCGCCGAGAAGAGGCAGCGGAUUUUGGACACCAUCGACAUCGUGCGCGACCCCAUCUCCCCUGGCGAGUACAAGGCUGAGGAGGACCCCAAGCUCUACCGCUCCGCCAAGACAGGCCGGGGCCCGCUGGGUGACGACUGGCUGGAGGCAGCGGCCGGCGGGCCCCUCAUGUGCGCCUACAAGCUCUGCAAGGUGGAGUUUCGCUACUGGGGCAUGCAGUCCAAAAUCGAGCAGUUCAUCCACGACGUAGGCCUGCGCAAGGUGAUGCUGCGAGCGCACCGCCAGGCCUGGUGCUGGCAGGACGAGUGGACGGAGCUCACCAUGGAGGACAUCCGGCAGCUGGAAGAGGAGACRGCCCGCAUGCUGGCACAGAAGAUGGCCAAGUGCAGCGAGGCCGAGGAGGCGCCCGCAGCCGGUGCCGAGGGCUGCCCGGAGCUGGGCGAUGCCGAUGGGCAGGACGGCGCUGAGCCACAGGGGACAGCUGAUUCCUCCCCCGAUGAUACCUUUGCCAAGCAGUGGUCCACGUCUUCCCGGUCAUCUUACUCUUCCCAGCACGGAGGGGGGGUGUCUCCUCAGAGCCUCUCCGAGUGGCGCAUGCAGAACAUUGCCCGGGACUCCGAGAACAGCUCUGAGGAGGAAUUCUUCGAUGCCCACGAGGACCUGUCUGACAGCGAUGAGGUCUUUGCGAAGGAGAUGACCAAGUGGAGCUCUAACGACUUCCUGGACACGCUGGAGCGGCCGGUGGAGCUGGAUGAACCGCUGGGGGACGGGGCCGGUGGUACCAAGGCCGAUGGUGAAGGGCUGGUGGGGCCCAGCCUGCCGGAGGGCGCCUCAGCAGGGAGCGCAGCACAGGCCUGCCGCAUCCACGUGCUCUUCCUCAUCCUGCACAGCGGGAACAUCCUGGACCAGGGCGUGGGCGAGCCGGGCUCCAAGCAGGCGGACGUGCAGACGCUGGCGGCCACUUUCGAUGCUGUCACCCGCGUCCACUUCCCGGAGGCAUUGGGGCAUGUGGCACUGCGCCUGGUUCCCUGCCCGCCCAUCUGUGCUGCUGCUUAUGCCCUCGUCUCCAAGCUCAGCCCGUACAGCCACGACAGGGACAGCCUGUCCAGCAGCCAAGACCACAUCCCGCUGGCAGCCCUUCCCCUCCUGGCCACGUCCUCGGGGAGCUACCAGCAUGCGGUGGGCACCGUCAUCACCCGCGCCAACCAGGCUUACAGCACCUUCCUGCACUCCGCCGAGGGYGCUGGUUUCUGCGGCCAGGUGGUGCUGGUUGGGGACUGCGUGGGAGGCAUCCUGGGCUUCGACGCGCUGUGCCAAAGCCGAGCAGGCUCAGGGGGCAGCCGGAGCAGCAGCCGCCGGGGCAGCCUGAGCAUGGAGCCCAUCUCUCCUGAGCUGGGCGGUGGGAGAGACCCGCUGGCUGAAGGCGCWGACGGAGCGGGAGGAUCGGCCCAGGUCCAUGCCGAGCCGGGGGCGCAGCUGCCCUCGCCGGAGCCUGGGGACUGUCAGCCCCACAGCUCCUUGGGCAGCCCGCAGGCCAGCGAGGCCCCGCCAGAGGCGGAGGCACCCCGGGGUGGUAGCUCGGCGCUGGAUGGGGCUGAGGGCGCCAGCGCCCGUCUUGACUUUAAGGUAUCCGGCUUCUUCCUCUUUGGCUCUCCACUGGGGCUGGUGCUAGCGCUGCGCAAGACCGUCAUGCCUGCUAUGGAUGUGGCCCAGCUGCGUCCUGCCUGCGAGCAGAUCUACAACCUCUUCCAUGCGGCUGACCCCUGCGCCUCUCGCCUGGAGCCCCUCUUGGCCAAGGCCUUCCACGCGGUGCCGCCUCUCGGCGUGCCCCGCUACCAGAAGUACCCACUGGGAGACGGCACCUCCUCACUCCUGGCAGAGGCCCUGCAGACGCACUCCUCCCUCUUCCUGGCUGAGGUAGACGUUGCUGUCCCUAGCACUCCCACCGGUGGUUUCGGAGGCUUCUGGAGAGGCAACGAGACGGGAGAACCUCCCACACCUGCCAGCACCAGUGAAGUCGUCAAGAUCCUGGAGCGCUGGUGGGGCCCGAAGCGCAUCGACUACUCGCUGUACUGCCCCGACGCGCUGACCGCCUUCCCCACCAUCACGCUGCCUCACCUCUUCCAUGCCAGCUACUGGGAGUCCUCUGACGUGGUGGCCUUCAUCUUGCGGCAGGUGAUGGAGAAGGAGGGUCCGCAACCCACGGAGAGCGAGGAGAGCUCCAUCUACAGCCCUGCUAUCCCGCGGGAGAAGUGGCAACGCAAGCGCACCCAAGUGAAGAUUCGGAACGUGACAGCCAACCACCGGGCGAGCGACACCAUUGUGUGUGAGGGCAAACCCCAAGUCCUCAGCGGGCGCUUCAUGUACGGACCCUUGGACGUGGUGACACUCACAGGGGAGAAGGUGGAUAUCUACAUCAUGACGCAGCCGCUGUCGGGCAAAUGGCUGCACUACGGCACAGAGGUGACCAGCGGCAGUGGGCGCCUGGCGUUCACCAUCCCUCCAGACAAAGCCUUGGCCAUUGGCAUCUACCCCGUGCGCAUGGUGGUGAGGGGCGAUCACAGCUAUGCAGAGGCGUAUCUGACCGUGGUGGCACGGGGCACUGAGUCAGUUGUGUUCAGCAUCGAUGGCUCCUUCACAGCCAGCGUUUCCAUCAUGGGCAGCGACCCUAAAGUGCGGGCUGGGGCUGUUGAUGUCGUAAGGCACUGGCAGGACUCAGGCUACAUGAUCAUCUACGUGACGGGCCGCCCUGACAUGCAGAAGCACCGCGUGGUGGCCUGGCUCUCCCAGCACAACUUCCCGCAUGGCGCCGUCUCCUUCUGCGAUGGUCUCACCCAUGACCCACUGCGCCAGAAGGCGGCUUUCCUGCAGAGCCUGCGCACUGAGGCAGAGAUCGCCAUUGUCGCCGGCUACGGCUCCACCAAGGACAUCUCUGUCUAUAGCUCCCUGGGCCUUUCYCCGGCGCACAUCUACAUUGUGGGCCGGGCCGUGAAGAAGUUUCACAACCAGUGCCAGUUCCUCUCUGAAGGCUACGUCGCCCACCUGGCCCAGCUUGAGACGGCAUCCCUGGCCCACUCCCCCAAAGGGCCACCCCGGCCCACGCUGGGCAAAGGCACCUAUGGCUGCCCGGCGCCCGUYGACUUCCUGCGCAAGCAGAGCCAACUGCUGCGCUCUCGGGGGCCGAGCCAGGCGGAGCGUGACGCGGCGCCGCCGCCGGGCCUGCCCCGCUCCAAGCCCCGCAGCGUCAGCCUCAAGCUGGAGAGCGAGGAGUGAGCGGGGGACGGCCCCCAUCUCAUCACCAUCGGGCGCCCGCAGCCUCCGUUCACCAGGCAGGAGUGCCCGCUCCGUUAACCAGCACCGCGUCCCAUGGCAGGCCUGGAGCUGAUGCCCUGCAGAGGGAGGCCCUGGGGUGAAGCUCGCAGGGCCCUGAAGGACAGGGCCUCCCUUGGCGCGGAGCCACCACGGCUCGUGCCCGYUGCCCCAAAGCCUCUCCCCAGCCUCUCCAUCCUGUCCCCCCUGUUCCUGAGGCCCUGUUUCUCCAGGUUCAUGGGAACUACGGCUGGGCACUGCCCUCUGGGUUUUGAACCUCCUGCCCCAGCCUUUCCUUCCAGCAGGUUUGGGCAGCAGGGGCCCUGCCCUUGGCAGGGUUUUCUUGCCCUGCUUCCCUUCGUCCAGCAUUUCUUCCCGCUGUGGUUCCCACUCCCUACCCUCAUGCCCCUCAGGGCAGGGACAGCACUGGGAGCUUGUGGUUACACUCUGGGGCCCAGCAGCACCCUCCUUGUUUCCCGCCCCCACCCUUCUCCCC